AUGUCUACUCUGCGCGUUCUCUGUCGAGAUCAACCUCGUCGUACAAUCGCUCUAGCUACAAACAAGUCUGUAUUGCUCCUUAGUCAUACUUCGACGACUAUAGAUCCGUCCAGAGGUGCAAGCAACCAUGGCGAUGUGCCGCGCUGCCUGGUGGACUUCUCCAGCCUUUCGUCGGUGGAUUUGCGAGACUACAGACUAUUGGGAGAGGGAUAUGGGACUCUUGGUCUCAUCACCUUAAACAAUGAUGUUUUUAUCUGCGUUGUGACUGCAUCAUCUAGGGCCGCGACAGUUCGACCAGGGGAAACAAUUUUGAGGAUCGACAAUGUCGAAUUUUACUGUCUUAAUCGAUCGGAUUAUGAGCAUAGCGAGGACUACCAGUUAGCUUCUCGAUUUGCUACGGAAGAGAUCAACCACGAUGGCAUUUAUGACAAUAAAGAUAUUGUCACGGAUCACCCUUUUUUAGCCUUAAAAAGGCUCUUAAAUGAUGGUAGCUUCUAUUACAGCCCCGAUUUCAACCUCACAGAUCGUCUCCAGAAUCGAUACAAUGAUUCAGGAACCUUCGACAUCGACAGUCUCGAUGAAGAUAUGCUGUGGAACUCUUACAUGAUUCGUCCUCUGUUGCUUUUUCGUAGACGUCUGACGACCCAUGAAAGAGCGAACCUUGAUUCAUCGCACAUUUUAACGUCGGUUAUUAGAGGAUUUGCUGGAACCUUAACGAUACCUGCUUCCAUCUCUCUCUUACCUCAACUGCGGUCAAAUCUUCCCUCAAAUAUAACUGUCAUCUCACGUUUGUCUUCUCGGCGUGCGGGUACAAGGUUCAAUUCCCGUGGUAUUGACGAUGACGGGAAUGUUUCAAAUUUUGUCGAAACCGAAACUGUUUUAUGGAUCCCCCCAGGCAUAACUUUUUCUUACACGCAAGCACGCGGGUCAGUGCCAAUUUUUUGGGAGCAAACAGCCGGUCUUCUCCCUGGACAGCAAAAGAUAGAAAUUGCCAGGUCUUUUGAGGCCACGCAGCAUGCUUUUGAUAAGCAUUUCGAGACUCUUGAACUAAAAUACGGAGCCGUACACAUUAUAAAUCUUCUCAGUGAGACAAAACCUGGGGAAUCUGAGUUGUCGGCGCGAUUCCGAGAACACGUUGCGAGGAGAUCUCUCAGACAACAGAAUGAUGCUACUUCGCAAGUCAGACAUCAUCUUUUGAAGACCACUGAAUUUGAUUUCCAUGCGGAGACACGCGGCCCACUGGGUUACGAAGGCAGCAGUCAGAUUCGACAUAUCAUCGAGCACUCAUUGGAUGGAUUUGCGUACUUUCUAUCGGAUGAGGGUGUCGGCCCCCAAACUUCCAAGUCAGAUGAGAAGUGCAAAGAGAAGGGAUCAACAGUUAUAUUACAACAAGAAGGCAUAUUUCGGACCAAUUGUCUUGAUUGUCUCGAUAGAACAAAUCUCGUGCAGACAAUAAUCAGUCAGAUGGCUCUAGAGUCUUUUUUGUUUCAACAGGGAGGGCAUAUGGUCCCGGAUCUUCAAAUGAGACAUUCAAGUCUCUGGGCAGAUAAUGGAGAUGCUCUGUCCAAAAUAUAUGCCGGCACUGGCGCGCUGAAGUCAUCCUUCACAAGGCACGGUAAAAUGUCACUUGCUGGUGCAUUUGCAGAUGUACGGAAGAGUGCAACACGCUUGUACGUGAACACAUUUGCAGAUAAGGCCAGACAGAACACCAUAGACAUCUUACUAGGGCGUUUGGCGAACCAAGUAUCUGUUGAUCUGUAUGAUCCUAUAAACGAUAUGGUCACUGCAGAGCUCAACCGACGAGUCGCAGAAUACACGUCUGUGAGAAAUAUACGAAUAUGGGCUGGAACUUUCAAUUUGAAUGGAAGAAGCGAGGGUGCUACCGCUGAUCUUUCUCCAUGGCUUCUUGCGCUGCGUGAGGAAGAUGGAGAAGAUCCAACAAUUGUCGCUGUUGCGUUUCAAGAAAUUGUGGAACUCAGUCCACAACAAAUAAUGUCUACAGAUCCUAAACCACGCCUUGGCCGAUGCUCUUGGGGAUGUGAAGAACGUGGAAGGAAGUGUGAAGAAGGCAGGCUUUCAUUCCCAAUGACCUUUACUCAACCUGCUAACAUAUAUUAUAUGAUGAAGACUGGCCUUUCCGGAAUGGCGGGCAAUAAGGGCGGAUGUGCCAUCCGUCUCGAACUGUCGAAUACGAAACUGUGCUUCGUCACAGCUCAUCUUGCCGCUGGAUUUGCGAACUAUGACGAAAGGAACAGAGACUACGCAACAAUAAGCCACGGUCUGAGAUUUCAGAAAAACAAGUCCAUUGAAGAUCACGACGCGAUCAUAUGGUUGGGCGAUUUCAAUUAUCGCAUAGGCCUUAGCGACCAGAAAGUAAGAGAACUGAUACAAAAGAAGCAAUACGACAAGCUGUACGAGAAUGAUCAGUUGAACCUACAAAUGAUCGCAGGUAGAACAUUUCAGUUCUACUCUGAAGGCCGUAUCGGAUUCCCUCCAACUUAUAAGUACAACAUAGGCACUGAUGAAUACGAUACAUCAGAAAAAGCUCGUAUACCUGCGUGGUGUGAUCGGAUACUUUGGAAAGGGGCAAACCUCAGGCAAAGGCAUUACCGCACGGCAGACCUGAAAUUCUCAGAUCAUCGUCCUGUAUUCGCUCUGUUUGAUUGCACGAUAAGUAUUGUUGACGAGCAAACCAAGGAUCGACUCAGUCGCGUUCUUUACGAUAAGCACCGCCGUGAAAUAGGCGACUUGACGUUGAAAUUCACUGUCGAGGAUAGUGAAGACGAGGAGCUUAUUGGUUAUCGAUCUAUUGCACCAGGGUUCCCUCCGGCCAGUUCAGAUCGUCACAAAUGGUGGCUUGACCAGGGUUCGCAUGUGAGGUCGACAAUUAAGCCCCCGGAGCAUGGACAAAUUCCCAACAUAUAUCGAAAAUCAAAUCCCUUUUCUCCAAGUGCUGAACCUGACUGGAUCACGUUGCAACAAUCAUCGGAAGAAAAUGGUGGGCAGGACUUCAACCGGUCGUCACUUCCAGUGAAAACUCCACCGAAGCCUCCAGUUCCUAGACGGCUUGCGAAGUCCAGUACCAUACAGACAACGCCAUUGGAAAGUGACACACAGACCAAGCAGAACUCUUCGAAUGAUAGAAGUGUAUCUUCACAGAAACCGGGUGAUUUAAACCCAAGAGAGCUGCCACCCCCAAUACCUAGAAAGCCAGUUUCAUUGAGCCUCCAAAUGAACUCGAAUAAAUCCGACAUCUCGUCCGAAUUUCGAAAUCAUGACACACGAAACCAUCACGAGAGGUUGGAGGAAACUCACACCUACAGACCUCCUCUUCCCGCUAGAGUCAACAGCAAACCUGCAUCUUCUUCCCCAAACGAGAGACUUGAAUGUCAGCCGUGGCGGAAAGGCACGGGUCUUGAAUCCCCCAACGAGAUGGAAGUCAAUAAGACUUCUCACCUACCUGGUGGACAUGAAGGUCCGUUGAGAAAUUUUCUUGAUGAUGGAGCGGAUGAAGCUAUGAAGGACUGGAAGCCUCUCAUUCCACGUCGAGGGACAGAUUGA